GUGAAGUUGUCAACGCGCUGGUGUCAACCGAAGCUGCUGGAAACACUGAAUAUUCGUCAUAUUUAAGGAUUUAUAAACGCGUUUCCGGUGGUUUUAAAGUUUCUAAGCGACAGUAAAGUCUGACAGCUGUUCUCUUUCAUCUCAGGAAGCUGCUGAUGAUGAAGGUGUUUCGCUGUCCGGCCCGUCACGGCUACGCUGUGGAAGUGUCUCCGUUCAUCCCCAACAGAGUGGCCUGCGCCGCCUCACAGCACUACGGCAUCGCAGGUCGUGGCUCCCUGCUGGUCCUGGAGGAGACGGAGACGGGAGUCUCUUUAGUCAGAAGCUGGCAGUGGGGUGACGGUCUGUUCGACGUAUCGUGGAGCGAAGCCAACGAGCACGUCUUGGUCGCCGGCGGCGGGGACGGUAGCCUGCAGCUGUGGGACACAGCCAAUCACAACGCUCCGCUCAGAGUGGCCAAAGAACACACACAAGAGGUGUAUUCUGUAGACUGGAGUCAGACCAGAGGAGAGAACCUCAUCGUCUCCGGCUCCUGGGAUCAAACCGCUAAAGUGUGGGACCCCGCUCUCAGCCAGUCGUUGACCACGCUCAGGGGUCAUGAAGGGGUCAUCUACAGCACCAUUUGGUCGCCUCACAUCCCAGGAUGCUUUGCUUCAGCCUCGGGAGACGGGACACUCAGGAUUUGGGACGUGAAGAGCGCUGCGUGCAGAUUGGCCGUACCAGCGCACAAGGCUGAAAUCCUAAACUGUGAUUGGUGCAAAUAUGACCAGAACAUUGUGGCCACAGGCUCAGUGGACUGCAGUGUGUGUGUGUGGGACCUGAGGAACGUCCGACAACCUGUCAAUCAACUGCUAGGCCACACCUACGCCAUCCGCAGAGUCAAGUUCUCUCCGUUCAGUAAGACCACGCUGGCGUCCUGCUCGUACGACUUCACUGUCAGGUUCUGGGACUACAGUAGAAACCAGCCUCUUCUGGACACUGUGGAGCAUCACUCAGAGUUUGUCUGUGGACUCGACUUCAACCUGCAUAUCCCCCACCAGGUAACACACACACACACACACACACACCCUUAACUUUGCGUGAGCGUGGC